GUUCACUUAAUCUUCCACAAGCAAGGCCUUUUUUGAUCUUUUUACAUUGCAAUUUCAACAUAUUCCACCUGGAAACCCUUUAAUUUUCAAUCAAGUCAAAAUGCGUCCCAUCUCACUCAUCACAACUAUUAUUCUCCCCCUCUCUUUUGCGGCGCCUAUCCCUGAUAAAGACACCGCUCCCCAAACUAUCUCUAUUCCACCUCCCGCCGUAAUUCAGGCCCUUGUUGACGCUGGGCUUGGCCAAUUCGCUACUCCCGCCAACUUAGCAUACAUUAAUAGCGCUAUAGAGGCCGCGGAAGCUGCUGCCGCCGCUGCCACGCAGAAAGCUGGUGGUUCUAGCAAGAGACAGGAUUUGGGAUUAGGAUCAUUGACGGGUGCAUUAGACCCCCUUCUUGGUAUACUCGGAGGGUUAGGGCUAGGGGGAUUGAAAGAACGGGAUGAGAUUGUCAAGAAACAGCUUGAUCUUUCAAAUCUCGGAUCUGUUUUGGGAGCGCUAAGUCCAGAACUCGAGCCAGUGACUAAUAUAGGUGAAGCUCUUCCCAUUCAAGCUGGAACUGGGAUUCUUAAGAGACAAAGUCUUUCUGCUCUUGGAAAUAUUGUUGGGAGUGUUCCGGGGGGUGCAAUUGGGACGGGGAUUACGAACAGUUUACCAAUUGUAGGACCAGUCUUGGGGGGAAUUUCCCAGAAUCCGACUGCUGUCAUUACUUCUGUGUUAGGAGAUGGACUCAAAAAGAAAGCUAAGAGACGACAAGAAGUUGCUGCUGCUAUGAAAGAAUAGAAUGUCAAUGGAAUAUGGGCUAGGAUGGGAUCGGAAAGAAAAGGGGGUGAGGGUUGUUAGGUGUUGGAAUGAUGCAUAUGGGAGGGUUGACGGCUAUGGGUGGAAGAUUGUCUGAAUUGCAUUUGAACUGCAAUGCACUUCUGAAUUCUUGCUAGAUUUUGUUUAUCGUUCAGUGAAACUAGUCUUUUGAAUUUGCUAUCUCGGCUAUUAGAGUCUUUGAGGCA